UCCCGGCCGCUGAGUGGCGGCGGCGCGUCACGUGCGGGCGGCCGGGCCGGGCCGGGCUGUGCCGUGCCGUGCCGGGUCGGACCGGGCAGGGAGGCGGGCGGCUGGGCUGCCCCGGGCGCGCAGCGGCGGUGCGACAUGUCCCACCAGACCGGUAUCCAAGCUAGUGGAAGUGUGAAAGACACCUUUGUUGGAGCCAGAAAUGGACAAUACAGGCUUUUAAAAAUAGUCAUUGACAACGAGCAGCUUGUUGUGGGAUCCUCUAGGAGGCCAGCUGGAUCAUGGGAAAAGGAUUAUGAUGCCUUUGUCCUUCCCCUUCUUGAAGACAAGCAACCAUGUUAUAUCUUAUACAGAUUAGAUUCUCAGAACGCUCAAGGAUAUGAAUGGAUCUUCAUUGCAUGGUCACCUGAUCACUCUCCUGUUCGUCAAAAAAUGUUGUAUGCAGCAACCAGAGCAACACUUAAGAAAGAAUUUGGAGGUGGUCAUAUUAAGGAUGAAGUAUUUGGAACGGUGCAGGAUGAUGUUUCGCUGAAUGGAUAUAAAAAAUAUUUGGUAUCACAGUCCUCCCCUGCGCCUCUGACUGCAGCAGAAGAGGAACUUCGACAAAUUAAGAUUAAUGAGGUGCAGACGGACGUUGGUGUAGAUACCAAGCAUCAAACAUUGCAAGGAGUAGCAUUCCCUAUUGCUAAAGAAGCUGUUCAGGCUUUGGAGAAAUUGAAAAAUAAGAAACUGAAUUAUGUACAACUGCAAAUUGAUAUGAAAAAUGAAACUAUUAUUUUGGCCAACACACUUCAUACUGAACUUAAGGACUUGCCAAAAAGAAUUCCAAAGGAUGCUGCGCGCUACCACUUUUUCCUGUACAAGCAUGCCCAUGAAGGAGACUAUCUGGAAUCCAUAGUUUUCAUCUACUCUAUGCCAGGGUAUACCUGCAGUAUACGAGAACGAAUGCUAUACUCUAGUUGCAAAAGUCCACUGUUAGAAAUUGUGGAAGGACAGUUGUGGAUGCAGAUAAUUAGAAAGAUUGAAAUAGAUAAUGGUGAUGAGUUAACUGCUGACUUUCUUUACGAAGAGGUUCAUCCAAAACAACAUGCUCACAAACAAAGUUUUGCUAAACCGAAAGGCCCUGCGGGGAAGAGGGGAAUACGAAGGCUGAUUCGAGGUCCGGCAGAGACUGAGACACCCAGUGAUUAGAAACUGUUGUUUGCAUUUGUUAUGAAGUAUUACAGUAAGAAAUGAAAUUCUGGCUUUUGGUAAUGAACUGAAAUCAUUCCAUUCAUAGAUGCUAAGGAAAAAAAAAAACCAAACUCUUUUUACUCUUUUGACCGCAACACUUUUUAUAUUGUUACAUGAUUAUAUUUCUGUUGACCAUGUUUUAUGGCAUGUGGAAGAGCUAAUUAUUUUAGAGCUAUUAGAGGAAAACUAAGCUAGUACCCCUCUAUUUUAUGUUAUGUAAUACCUGUACGUGUGAUCAUAAACUUUGCAGACAUAAGACCCAUGUCUUCUGUGGGUAAGGGGCAGGUGUAUGCCUGCAUAACAAACCUGUAUUCUUUGAGGAGCCUGUUGAAACCCCUAAGACCUAGAUGUGAGGAGAGCUGAAGGACUAUAUAACAUUGUCCCAGAUAAAUCUUUAUUUUCCCUUGUAGCUCUUACAGCAGUAGUACAACAGGUUUUCUUCUGCUUUUGACAUGAUGCGUAGUUGGGUUUUGUUGUUGUUUGUUUUGUUUUGUUUAAUAGAAAAGAUAAACUAAAAUCAGUUAUCUAGUAGUUAAUAUAAGUGUUCAGGAGUAGCUGGAUAUUUUUCCACAUAAAAGCAUGGUCAUUUCAAAUUUAUAACUAAUUUUGUGGAAAUGUCUUUUAAAGAAAUCUGACAUAAAACCACUAUAGCUCUUCCAGACUUCUACACCACUCGUAAGCCUUAUGUAUGAAGUACUGAAGAGCCAAGUAAAAGGUGAUUAAAAGCGCGUGAGUUAGUAUCCUCAGUAGAUUAUGGAGCUGCUUUCAAAGCAAUAUGCUUAAAGUUUCUCAUAAAUCAGUGAUUAUCUGUGCACUUGGAUCUAGAACGCUGUAAAUUCAGUACCAAUUGAAAUAGACUUGCUUCGUAACGGUGAGUUGUUUAUGAGAUCCUAGUGCAUUUGCAGUAUCAACUGCAAUUUUCACUUUCAAGGUAUUCUGAAAAUGACUUUUCCUAAAUGUUUGAACUUUAUAGUAAGUUAAAUCUGUAACAAAAUCCAACUAGGUCUUGAACAACUGCUGGCAGCACCUGGUUAGGAUUUUGUCCUUUUCUUUUUUUUAUCUGCUUUUUUUUCCUUCUCCAAAACACUAAAAUUAGCCAGAACAGUUUAAACUUUAUUGAACCAUGAGUAGUGUGUUUAAUAAGAAGAGGAAAAAUAGAUUAUUUUAAUAAGUGAAAGCUAAAGAAGAAUUAGAUGUGGAAAUCAAGUAUUGGAUGACCUUAAAUAUUUAAAAUUGUGUAAUGAGGCAGAUACUAGUGGGCAGAUUAUAUUCCCCAGUGGGGACUUGCUUUUUAGUGUCUUGUAUUUGAGCUCUGUGGUUUUUGAAAUUUGUUUUGUUUUGUUAAAGCCACACGGGAGUUGCAAGCCUUGGGUCACUGUGUGUUAUCAUAGGCGCUGGGUGCGCACGUUGUAUAGCUGAAUCACGCGUUUACCUGGUGGAAGAUAGAUUUUAACCUAGUUUUGUAGGGAAAUAAUGCUUCAACACUACUAGUUCCUGAUAGAUUUUAUCUGUUAUUUUGUUUGCAGACACUAGCUUGUUAUUGACAUCUGAGAUUGCACUAUACGAUGUGAAGAUCGCAAUAGUCGUUGGUUUUACUGUGGGUUUUCAUAUGCAGUAGAAAUUCAACACCUCAGCAUUUUUCAUUUAAUCUUACACACUACAUCAAUCCAGUUCAAUAGCUCUUGAUCCUCAGCUAAUAUCCUGCUUGCCCUUAGCUACUGUGUUCUUUUUCUGCCUCUUGUCUUCUCCCCCAAGGGCAAGGAGCUGGUCUUUGGCACGUUUCUUCUAUGUGCUACCUGUCAGGCAAGUGUCAUCGUUUUUCAAACGUGGCUAAUGUGCACACGGCUCAUUGUGCACUGUAAUUAAAUGUAGUUUUAGUUGAAUUCUGAAUCUUUUCAGCACACCUGAUUCACUUUGGGUUUUGGUUUUGGUUUUUUAAGGAAAACCUUUGAGUGUAGCUGUUAAAAAGUACUGCUAGAGGGUUUUUGUUUGAAUUUAGUAUUCCUGAUCGCUGUCAGCCUCUUACAUACAUUCUUACACUUAUUUAAGCCAAUAAAGAAGUUCAGCUUUUCAAUACCAAAUGUUUUAAAUAGUGAACAGUUUCACCCAAGACAGUUGUGUGCAUAUUGUGUUUUGGGGUGGUUUUUUUUUUACCUAAUCCUGCCCCAGGUAGAUGAGGGUAGGAGGUAGAAAGCUUAAUCUGGAGGAUGGCGAGAGCUGGUUAAGUGAUUAUGUGAGGGAGUUUAUAAUGAGCUGCUUCAGAGUUCAGCCCAAACCAGAAAUUGUAAGUUAUAUUACUUGAAAACAUUCUACGUGGGUGUACAAACCCCUGACCAGCCAGCAGAGGGUCAUGUCCUGAGCGUGUUUUCCCCCUCCUUCCCCCUAAAGGAGAACUGUGUGAAGUCUUGCACUGCCAACUGCCUCUCCAGGCCUCUCGUAGCUAUUCUCCUGACAGAGCAAUAAGAAGCAUCUGAUCUUGUAGUGAGAUGUCACGUUUACGUCUGCGUAGUUGCCUCGCCUAAUGCUACUGCUGUUCAUGAAUGUUCAGAGCCAGCACAAAAUGAGGGCAUUAAUGAAAGUUACUCCUUUACUGUCUCUGAUCAUUUAUUAUUGAAAGUGUCCAUUCAGAAUCGCUGUUGGCCAUCACAAAGCCCAGAAGCAGUGCAGCUGCUUGCAGUUAGCCCACAAACUAUUAAACAGUUGUUAUUUAACAUGACAGGUAAUUACAUUUUAAAUGCUUAUGUUGCAAGGCAGGGAGAAUUUGAUGUUUUAAAACACUCCUAUCAGAGGGUUGUGAAACUAAUCAAGGUAAUAAUUGCUCUAUUACUUGGAUGAACACAUUGAUCAAGGAAACUUUUGAUUUACAGUGUCUAUGUAGUCAAUGAAAACCACCUUCAGUUGCUAUAACUAACUAAAUUUACCUUAUCUAUUUUGUAAUUUACUUUAUAAAUAAAGAUUGAUGCUUUA